UCAAAAGACAAUGUGUAUAUAUAUAAGACUGGGAACUGAAAGCAAAACCUGUUACUAAGGAGAAAAAAUGACUUUGCUCUUGUGCACAUGUCUUGGAUUGCUGUUCAACUUGAUUGAGUGUUCAACUGUUGAUUUUAAUGCAGGUGCUGAUAUUGUAGAAGAGAAGGAAGUUGUCCUUGGAGGGCAUGUGAGUUUGCCGUGUCUCAAUCUGGUGACACACACAGACUGCAGUAAAGUAACAUGGCUGUCUAAUGAUAAUCCUGCCAUGGAGUUGGUCACCCUUGGUAAACUCAAUCCAGACAAGUCAGAGAGAGAAGGCAGAGUGAGUCUGGUGAUGCCUGACUGCUCUCUGCACAUCAGUGAAAUCAGAGCUGGAGAUAAUGGAUGCUACACCUGCCGUCAAUAUUCAGGUGUGCAUGAAAGCAAAAUUGAAGCGGAUGCCAGAAUUUGCUUGAUUGUUAAUAAAACUGCUGCUUUCAUGGAAAAUAAUGACAGCACGGAUGAAAGAAAAGAACUAAUGAUUAUAAUCCCAUCAGUGCUCGUUGUCAGUGCUUUGUCAGCGACUGCACUCAUCAUUUGGCUCAGAUUUCAAAGAAGAGCACAAAUGAGAACAUCAGCUGAAAAUCAAAACAUAUUAAAACUUGAAACCAAAACUACUGAACAUAAACACAAGAAUGGUGAAGACGUGAACUACACUGAGUUAAACUACAAUGUAAUGAAACCAAGGAAAGUGGACAUAGACAAAGUGGACAUAGACCAAAAAACUGAAUAUGCUGUCAUAAAACUUUCCCAAUUGCUGUAAAUGUUUUAUGCUAUUAAUAACUCCUCAGUUGUUCAUCAUAAAAUAUGUUGAUUUCAUCAAGUGCAUAUAAUAAAUGACUCUUUCACCACAGGGUGAU